AUGACACUCGUCAAGUUAAUAGAGACCAACUCAUAUGAGCUAUCGCCAGACCAACAUAGGCACAUCUACGAGGCAUCCUCAAAGGGCCAAGGCGACAGAGCGGUACAAAAGAAUCCGAAAGACGAUCUGAUCGCAAUUCAUUACAAGAAUAUCAGUAUACUGAAGAACUCUUGCCCAGCAGUCCGAGAAUUUGUUCUUCCAGUUGCGUAUGCACCAUCAAUUGUAUCAUUAGAUCAGCUUCAGAAGAUCUCAUUCAAAGACUUGAAGCUGGAAACGCACCACCGAGGUGGUUUUCUCACAGGCAGGACAAUUGUCCCUCCGUACUACUGUUCGGAGAUUGUGACGAUCAUUGAAGGAGAUGACGGCGAUGUAGCUAAGCUUGUUCUGGGCUUCGAAAACAAUUUGUAUUCUGGCACUCCGUAUUCACUUCCUAUCAACAGUACAGUUGCUAUCAAGGAACCGUAUUGCAAAUAUAAUGGCGAGGGAGACUUUGUCGUCCGAGUCGAUCAUCCCUCAGAUAUCGCUGUCCUGAGAGGAGAUGAUCCGACAGUGUCGAUGAUCAUGCAAUUUGCAUCGGGCACAAUGGAAAUUACGCCUGCUCGAUGGAGGAGUGCAGGCGAUACAGCAUACUUGGAGAAGAAAUAUUCUUCGGCUGUCGAAUGCUAUACGCAGGCGAUUGAGAAAUCGCCUCAAGAUGACCUUUUAUUUCUUAAAGACACGUACCGGAAACGUGCCUUUGCCAACCUGACCGCCAAAUCAUUCGAAGCCGCAAAAGAAGAUGCACUAGUCUCUCUUUCCGAAAGUCUCCUGGACGUACGAGCUUACCAUUGUGCUGGACUGGCUACCUACUCGCUAGGUCUCUACAUGGAAAGCAAAACGUACUUCCAAUCAGCCCUCAAACUCAGACCUGAUGAUCUCAAAAGCCAAAAGGAGCUUCACCGGGUCACCACCCGCAUCUACGAGCAAUCCACCGGUAACUACGAUUUUGCCAGCAUGAUCCAAUCAGUCACCUCCGGCACCAUCAACCUCGACUACGCAACUUACAAAGGAAGUAUCGAGAUUCACGAAGCUGGCACCCAUGGUCGCGGGCUGUUCUCAACAGAGUUCAUCAAAAAGGGAAGUUUGGUAUUGUGUGAGAAAGCAUUUCGCUUGCCGGAUUUGUAUGGGGAAGAUAAACCAGAGGGGUUGGUGUUAUUCAAUUUCAAUUCCAGCUCGAAGACACAGCGGAAGGCGCAAGCGGGAUUGUUUUUGAGUUUGAGAGAGAGGCUCUUUGGUGGUGCUGGAGGUGGCAAUGGAGAGGAGGAGAAGUUUUGGGAAUUGGAUGCUGGUGGGUAUGUGAGGUCUGGAAUGGAGGGAAAAGUCGUUGACGGAGUGCCAGUUGUGGAUUCCUUCCUGAUCGAAGCCAUCCGCCUGAAAAACUGUUUCAGCUGCCCCCGACUCUCCCUCUCGCUCCUUCAAGCGCACCUCUUUCCCCAAACCCAGUUUCAAACCCCUGAAUCCCAGAAUUUCCAGCCAAACCACCUUUCCACCGGCCUCUGGAUCCUCGCCUCCUACAUCAACCACUCUUGCCUCCCAAACCUGACCCGCUCCUUUAUUGGCGACAUGAUGCUCAUCCGUGCCAACAGCGACAUCCCUCCCAACACAGAAUUAACGCAACAGUACCUGGCGCCCGAAGCGCAUUUCCUAACGCGCAGGAAGGACUUCCCUUUACAUUGGGACUUUGAGUGUGACUGCGUGCUAUGCUCUGCGGAAGCGAAAUCCCCAGACGAGAAGCACGUAGAAAGACGCGAAAUGGUGGAGAAGAUUAAGAAUUUGGCGUUGAAAAGUGGGAGUGGUGGUAAUGCUAAGCAGAAUGUGUCGAAUAGCACUAUCAAAGCGGUCGAGCGGCUAACCCGCAAACUUGAGGAUCUCCACGAGCCUGAAAUUUACGACGAGAUUCCUCGGCUACUGCUUGUACAUCCGACGAUCUGGCUUACGGAAGUGCAUCGCGAGAGGGGGGAUCAUGCGAAGGUUGUGAGGUAUGCGAUGGAGAUAUUAAGGAAUUUUGGGUUUGUGGGGACGAAGCUUGGAGGAAAUAAGGUAGGUGGUGAGAGGGAGGAAUUGGGGAGGGCAAUUGUCAAUGUUGAGAGCUUUGCGGCUUUGAAAGCUGCGAGUGAAGCGUACAAAGCACUUGAGGAGAAGGACCUGGCGGAAUGGUGUGAGGAGGAGGCGAAGGGUAUGUGGGAGGUCAUUACAGGGUGUGGGGUUGGUGUCGAAGAUGUUCUGGGGGCCGGGAGGGACUGA